CCUUACUAUAAGAGCAGGAUUUUAAGAAAUCUUCACAGGUAUCGAGAGUUACUGUGAUCAUAUUCCAUAGUAUUUUUUUGCGUGUUCGUUGUUUAAAUAAUAAUUACUCAAAAAAAAAAAAAAAAAAAAGAUGAAGGGACAAAUUAUUUUAUUUGUUACACUAUGCUCGAUGGCUAUUGCAUUUGGCGAAAAGGAUAAUGUCAAUUUAGAGAAAAAAAUUGACAGUCCACUAUCAGAGAAAUAUGAAUUUCUUUUGAGACCAAAACGAGGUCUCUUUGAUCUUGGACUGUACGCAGCAGGAUAUGAUGGAUAUGGAGGAUAUGGAGAUUACGAUGACUAUGGAUACAAUAGAUACAGAUAUGGAGGCUACAAUGGUGACAGAGGAUAUAAUGGUUACGGAGGUGGAUAUAAUGGUUAUGGAGGAGGAUAUGGUGGAUAUGGAGGAUACAAUGGUCAUCGAGGAUACAAUGACUAUUAUAAUUCCUAUCCUUACAAUAGAUAUCCAAGUGGAUACAAUAAUAAUUAUGCAAACAGUAAUGCAGAUAGUUUUAGUGCAUCAGCUGGAUUUGGUCCUUUUAGUGCAGGAUUUUCCACGAGUCACGCAAAUGCAAACGCAGGAUCAUCAGGAUAUGGUGGAAGACCAUACUUUAGAUGAAAAUGGAACGAAGAUCGCUAAGAGAAAAAAAAAGAACCGAACUUGCCACCUUCAAAAUUAUUAUGGAUUUUUUUGCAACAACAAACUGAUUUAUAAUUCGCCAAAAAAAAAAAAACAUCAUUCUUCAUCACAAUUAUAUGUUUAUUCAAAUCAAUCAUUUCUAAUUUAUAAGUUAUAAUUAAAUUAAAUAAAAAAGAGUAUUAAAAAAAAAAAUCAAAAAAUAUUUUUCUGUAUUAUAAUAAUUAUUUAAAUAAAUAUUUUUUUCUUUCCCAAAA